AUGCUUGGAGUUUUCAUGGAGGGCCUCAAGAUCUGGUGCAUGGGGCUGGGUCAGCAAGUUGGGUGGAGAUCAGGCUAUGCAGAGGUACCUGAAGCUGCAGCCAAACCGGUAAACCUUGGCCUCUACCUCCAGGCUAACGAAAGGCAGGUGGUGGAGGAGUUCAAGCUGUGCUGCGGGCGCUGGCUGGGGGACAUCAUCCUGGUGCGGCUCCACAAGGAGCCCUAUUCCUUCUACCCCACCGACAACUGGUACUGCAGCUUCGUGGAGGUCGUCUCCUCCCAAGGCCAGCGCUACCAUUUCCCCUGCUACCAGUGGGUCGAGGGCUACCGCAUACUGGAGCUGCGGGAGGGCAAAGGCCAGAUGGUUUGCGGUGAUGCUGAUUCCCCAUUGCUGCUGGAGCAGCGGCAGGCUGAGCUGAAGCACUGUCAUGAGUGCUAUGGGUGGAAGGAGUUUGCCCCCGGGGCGCCCCGAUGCCUAAAUGUGGACAACAUCAUUGAGCUGGACUGUAACAGCAUGUACUCCUUCACCAAGAGCACCAACGUCCUGCUGCGUGGGGUGAACGCGCAGGUGGAGCUGCAGCUGAAGGGUUUCCUGAGCUGCACCAACUCCUGGGCAAAGCUGGCCGACAUCAACAAGGUUUUCUGCUUCAACAAGACCCCGAUCACAGGGUACGUGCGGGCACACUGGCGAGAGGACACGUUCUUUGGGUACCAGUUCCUGAACAGGGUCCACCCGGUGGUGAUCAGGCGCUGCACGGAGCUCCCCUGCAACUUCCCUGUCACAUCGGCCAUGGUGGCCUCCUCCCUGGGGGAGAGCACCAGCCUGCAGGACGAGCUGGAGAAGGGGAACAUCUUCCUCGCUGACUAUAAAAUCCUGGAGGGCGUCCCGGCCAACACGAUCAACGGCUACCAGCAGUACAUCGCUGCGCCCCUCUGCCUGCUGCACCUGCAGCCCUCUGGGGAGCUUGUCCCUGUGGCCAUCCAGCUCAGCCAGUGCCCAGGCCCCACCAGCCCCAUCUUCCUGCCCAGCGACUCCGAAUGGGACUGGAUCCUGGCCAAGACCUGGGUGCGCAAUGCCGAUUUCCUGAUGCUCAAGGCUGUCAGCCACCUGCUGCUCACCCACCUGAUCAACGAGGCCUUCGCCCUGGCCACCCUGCGCCAGCUGCCCAUCUUCAAGCUGCUGAUGCCCCACACCCGCUACACGCUGCACAUCAACAUCCUGGCCAGGAACCUGCUACUCAAACGGGAAGGGAUUUUUGACAGGGGCGUGAGCAUGGGACACAAAGGGGUCAGCACACUGAUAGCCAAGGCCAUGAAAUGCCUGACCUACGACUCCCUGUGCAUCCCGGACGAUGUAGAGGCCCGCGGGGUCGGCUCCAUCGCCAACUACUUCUACCGGGACGACGGACUCAAGAUCUGGUCGGCCAUCGAGAGCUUCGUCUCCGGCAUCACCAGACACUAUUACCGCAGCGACGCCCACAUCCUGGCCGACUGUGAGCUGCAGGCCUGGGCAGAUGAGAUCUUCCGUGAAGGCUUCCUGGGGAACCAGGCAUCCAGCUUCCCCUCAUCCCUGCAGAGCAUCCCUGAGCUCAUCAAGUACCUGACCAUGUGGAUCUACUGCUGCUCGGCCCGGCACGCCGCCCUCAACAACGGGCAGUAUGAGCUCGGAGCUUGGAUGCCCAACUUCCCGGCCACCAUGAGACACCCCCCACCCCAGGCCCAGGGCACCACCUCCCUGGAGAGCUACCUGGACACCAUCCCGGAGGUCAACAGCACCAGCCUCAUCGUCUUCACCCUCUGGGUCAUCUGCUGCAAGCCGGGGGACUCGAGAUCCCUGGGCACGUACCCUGACGAGCACUUCACGGAGGAGGAGCCCAAGCGGCUGAUCGCAGCCUUCCAGGGGCGCCUGGCCCAGAUCUCCCAGGAGAUCCAAGAGAGGAACAAAUCCCUGCCCAUCCCCUACCGCUACCUGGAUCCCCACCAUAUCAAGAACAGCACGUCCAUCUGAGCUCGACCGGCGAGCCCCAGGGAUGGGCACCAUGCGGCCGCUGGCAACUCUGUCC